AUGACGACUAUAACGACAAUGACAGCGACGCUGGACGCCAAACACCCAGCCGUCUACGAACAGGUCUUUAUCGAGCAGCGAGAAAAUGUAUCAGGCCGCAUAACGCAUCAGACGCAGACGCAGACACAUCCACAAGCCAUACAGACGCCGAGUUCGAGGCAGCGUGCCUUGCUCGUCCAUGCGGCCCAGCAGCCCUACGCCGUUGUCAACGACCAUGCCAUCCCGUCUAUUCUGCACAAGGAUGAGAUUUUGAUCAAGGUCAUUGCCAUCGGCCUCAACCCAGUAGACUGGAAGGGCCCAGCCUACAACUUCGGCCUCCCCAGUCUCCCCUGGGUAAACGGGCGCGAUCUCGCCGGGAUAGUGGUACAAACGCCCCCAACACUCUCCGAAUCCGGUACACCGUCUCGGCUCCAAAAAGGCGACCUCGUUCUCGUCCCCUCAACAGACUACCGCGACAUCCGCAAGGCCGCGUUCCAGGAGUACGCUGUGACGACGCAUUUCAACGCAGCACGCAUCCCGGGCAGUCACGGUGCGCAUGCGGCGGCUUCGGUGGGCGUUGCCUUUGUGGCGUCUGUGCUUGCGCUGGGCGUGAGUCUGGGGGUGGAUUUUCGACGGAUACAGGAGUGUCCCGGGCCGAGUUUACCGGAGGUUCUGAAAGGUGUGAAUAAGGAGUUGAUACCCGCUGAUGUGCGCGAUGAGUGUUUUGCGAGUCGAGACGAGGUUGAACGGCCUAAGAAGGGUGAUUGGAUUGCUAUUUGGGGUGCAUCGACAACAACUGGCCUGAUAACAAUCCAACUAGCGCGCCUCGCCGGACUAAAAACAAUCUGCGUCGCUGAUAUCGCACGGCACGGAUCCAAACUCCACGCCGCGGGCGCAGACAUCCUCAUCGACCGCCACGACACAGCGCGCGCAGUGGAAAUCAUCCGCGGCGUAACGGGCGGGAAGCUUCGCUACGCCAUUGACAUUGUCGGCGCAGAGACAGCAACACUCCUCCAAGCGACGCUCGAUCCCAGUAUCGGGGUUGACGGCUCGCACGCACACCUCCUUGGCUUGACGGGCCUACCCAAAGAACGGGACGAGCGGAUAGCAUACCACACGGUCCCGAUCAAGCUGUUCCAUUCGAGUCCCGAGGUUGGAGAGGCGAUGGUGACGUGGCUGGAGGAUUUGAUUGAGAGCGGGACGUUGGAGUUGCCGGAGGUGAUUAGGGCUGAGGGGGGACUGGAGGGGGUCAAUGCCGCGUUGGAGAUGUUGAGACGGGGGGAUGCCAGUGGGAAGAGGAUUGUUGUUUCGUUGGAUUAA